UGUGGGUAUAGAAGAAAAUAAUUCAACUAAAAAACCAAAUACCCAAAGUUUAAUUAAAGAAUUAGCUAAAAAUAUUGAUACUCAUCCCUCAAGAACACAAUAUAUAACAAGCAAAUUUGAGCUUCCCAUAUUAAGGUUAUCUCUGAAAGGACAUUUAUCUGAAUGA